AUGACUGGCUUAUUGCCUGGUGGACUGGAGAUCAAAAUUAAACUGCAAUACGCUCGGCUAGAUGAGGGCAUGGCAGAGGUGGAAUGGAAUGACCUCGAGAUAGGGCAUGCCACCUUCAAGAACCUGGUGGAAUACUGGCGCGAUGCCUACGACUGGCGCAAGUUUGAGGCCUACCUCAACAACUCCUUUCACCACUUUCGGACUCCCAUCCCAGUAACUGGGUUUGAGGAUAUUAACCUGCACUUUCUCCACCAUCGAUCCUCGAGACCCGGGGCUAUACCAUUGAUCUUUGUGCAUGGCUGGCCUGGGUCCUUUCUGGAAGCGUGCAAAAUCAUUCCACUAUUGACUGAGCCGAAGAAUGACCAACAGGCAUUUCAUGUGGUGGCGCCUUCGCUGCCAGGGUACGGUUUCAGCGCUUACACGAAGAAGAGCGGGUUCGGUCUCGAGCAACACGCAGAAUGUCUGGCCCGCUUGAUGAAUAAACUUGGAUACGACCAAUAUGUUUGCCAGGGUGGGGAUUGGGGCUCAUCGAUUGUGCGCUACAUGGCACUGAACCACUCCGACGCAGUGCGGGCCAUCCACAUCAAUAUGUUGCUGGCCUUGCCCCCGGACGAGCACUGGUCGCCAGAGAAGUACGCCAGAUACCGACGAAAUGAGUAUAGCGAACAAGAGAUCCGCAACCUGGAGCGGACCCAUUGGUUUGCGACCGAAGAGCGAGGCUAUCAACGCAUCCAAGAAACCAAGCCAGUCACACUGGGAUAUGCCUUGCAUGAUUCGCCGGUGGCGAUUCUGGCCUGGUUUGUCGGCAAGCUGAACGCAUGGACAGAUGACUAUCCCUGGACCCCCGACGAGCUCAUUCACUGGGCACUCAUUCACUAUCAAGGGAGUCCCAGUGCGGCCAUGCAGAUCUACAAAGAGGCUUCUGCUGUUUUGAAUGCAAAGCCGGCUAGUAUGCUAGGCCAAUACAUCUCCCAACCUGUAGGAGCCUCUGUUUUCCCCAAGGAGGUGUGGAUCGCACCACGAGACUGGGUUGAGGAAGCGUGCAACAUUCAAUUCUGGAGACAUCACAGACGUGGUGGUCAUUUCGCUGCCUGGGAAUGUCCCCAGGCGCUGGUGGACGACGUAGUAGAAUUCUACCGCAAGGACGGACCGGUCUUUGGUGGUAGAAAGUCUCCCAUCGGCUAG